GCGCAUGAUACGGCAAUUCGAGCGCUGAAGUGGUCCCACAAUGACCAGUGGCUAGUAUCGGCCGAUCACGAUGGUUUCGUGAAGUACUGGCAACCGAAUAUGAACAAUGUGCAUAUGUACCAGGCUCACAAGGACGAGCCUGUUCGCUCCAUCAGGCUU